GUGAAUUUAAGAUUAUUCUGUUUAGUUAUUUAACAAAUAGUGAGCAAAAUAUUAAGAAUGAAGUACAAAAACUGUUCUUUUAUAAUAUGUAUUGUGUUAUUUUUUGUAUCGGUACAAAAUAUAUCAGCAAUCAAACCUCUGCCACACAUAAAAUGCUUUCUUCAAGACUCUUCUUGUCUAAAGAUGCAAGCUCAGGCAGUACUGAAAGAAUUUGUCAAAGGUAUACCAGAGCUAGGCAUUAAAAGACUCGACAAAAUGGAGCUGGAUUAUAUAGAAGUGAGAGCCAACAAAUUGCACUAUGAAAUGCGAAAUACAAUUCUGGAAGGCUUAAAUAAUACUAUUAUUGAUGAUAUCAGUAUCGAUAUGGCGUUCAAAAUAAUGCGCGUCUCGUUUCACACAAAUCUCGUAGUCAAUUGUGAUUAUAAUUGUGAUGGUGAAGUCUUUGGAUUGCCAGUCAUUGGAAACGGUACAUCUCAGAUUAUAAUGAAUAAUUUGCAGGUGGAGAUAAUACUUCUUUUUGAUGUUGCAAAAAAUGACCAAGGCAAGGACAUCAUUAGCUUAAAGAAAUAUUUUUACGGAGCCGAUGCUAUCGAUGGUGUUCACCAUUACUUUGGAAAUUUAUUCAAUGGUGAUUUAAAACUAAGUGGCUUGGCUCACGCAGUCAUCAAUAAAAACUGGAGAACAAUAGUAGCAAACUAUGGCAGAUUCUUCACAGGCAACUUCAUGGAUGACAUGUUUGAAGUUAUGAAAAAAUAUAUGCGAACGUGGCCUAUAGAUGUAUUGGCAUAUUACUGACAAAUAAAAAUAUAUUAUAAUUACCUAUUUAAUUAAUGAAGAAAGUAGAAUGUAAGGGUAUUAGUAGUAAUCAUAAAUGUUUGAAGACUG